AUGCCAAACGUGAGGACCUUCAGGAAACCGAGGACAGCGCACAGACCCUCCCCAACACAAGGCUCUCGGAACUUCAUUGAAAAUUUACCUCCAGAGAUCCUCAUGAAGAUCCUGUCAUACCUCGAUAUCGCUGCACUUUACACACUGAGCCACGUCAGCAGUCGCUUCUACAAACUGGCCAGUGACAAUUCUAUGUGGCAUAAGAUCUUCCAGGAGGAAUUCUGUAAUAAAGGCCGAAAGUCUAAGUAUAUGCGGACACUGUUGGAGCAGACUGCUGGUCUCGAGGAUUUGGGUGUUGGUCAUUGGAAGAGGCUGUAUUUCAAAGCAGGGGCUGAAACUGACAUGCAAAAGUGGAGAAAAAAGUUACACCCUGUCAGCCUUCAUACUGGUCUGCCUCAGAGUACAGGAAAAGUACUACGUGAGCUUGCUGUCACCUGGGAGCUGAUUGUGGUAGAACCGUCCAAACAGCAGAGGACAUUGGACUUGAACUUGAUCUCGCUCAUGUCUUCUAAGAGCUCUGUGACGUUGUGUUGUGCCGGCCCUUUCCCUGACUUCCAGCAAAUCUCUGCUCUUCAGCUCGUGGGUAUCCGGAAAAUAGCCUUCCGUCGCACUGGCCUAGAACAACCAGCACAGAGAUCCCUGAUGAUGAAUAUAGACAUGGCCGCUGUUUCCAAAAGCACUCAGCACAUCGGUCAAGACAAACUAGUGGAACUGAAGCUUUUACAGUCUGAUGUUGUUGUGGGCCUCUGGAAAGACCAGCGCUCCAUUGCCUUCGUCAUGUUUACUCUUCACAAGAACCAGCUGCUGGAGAGGUGCACCCAGGGGUCGUCAGUCCGUCCUGUCGGUGAACCUGCGACCAAGAAUAUUCCAUUCUAUAUGAAUUCAGAUUUUUAUCUCCAUGGCUACCAACUACACAUCAGUUUACAUAACAGCGAGAGCACGCUUUUGUCUGAGAAGUUCAAUGACCUAUUCUUCCGCGGAGGUACGAUUCAGGACGGGCAACUUAACAUGGAUGUCAUUAACCACAGGUCCACAAAAUACUGUUUGUCUGAAAGUGUGUCCCUCCCCUGGACGGCAGAUGUUCUGGAUGGAGUUGUGCAGGAUUGCUGCUUCAUGACAUUCACUUUAUGGCAAAAAUUGGGGAACCCUCUGUGGUGUGUCAGCGCCGUAGUUUGUCUAAAGCCAGAUCAGUCGGCUCACGUUGACUACGACUACACAGGGGACCAUUUCACCAUCCACUUCAGGGACGAGGUGGGCCAAGUGAACUUUCAUCUUGUCCAUGAUGCAGAGCGAGAUUCUUAUGUAGUCACUGGAUUAGACUUAAGUAUCUCUACCGCUGAGAUCAACUCCCAUUUUUGA